UGUAUAGAUAUAUUUUAUAGCUGUGAGAGACAAGGUGGAGUAUGCCUACUGUAUUUUACUUGGAACCAGAACUUCGGAUUUCUUUUUAUUUAUCCUGCUCUGCAUUCAUCGGACUCCUUGAAUGUGUGAAUAUGUAUCUGUUGUCAGUUUUGGAAAAUUUUCAGCUCUUUUCAUACCAAGAACUAAGGUGAAGAUGGGAAUCCAAAAAGGCAGAACCCAGAGACCACGUUUGAAGUCUAUGUUGAAGUGGCCUAUCCUAGGACAGGUGGCACUCUUUCAGGAAGUUCUACAGACUUUGACCAAGUUUUGUUUCCCCUUCUAUGUGGACAGCCUCACAGUUAGCCAAGUUGGCCAGAACUUCACGUUCGUGCUCACUGACAUUGACAGCAAACAGAGAUUCGGGUUCUGCCGCUUAUCUUCAGGAGCGAAGAGCUGCUUCUGUAUCUUAAGCUAUCUUCCCUGGUUCGAAGUAUUUUAUAAGCUGCUUAACAUCUUGGCGGAUUACACGACAAAGGGCCAGGAGAAUCAGUGGAAUGAGCUUCUUGAAACUCUGCACAAACUUCCCAUUCCUGACCCAGGAGUGUCUGUUCAUCUCAGCGUGCAUUCUUAUUUUACUGUGCCUGAUACUAGAGAACUUCCCAGCAUACCCGAGAAUAGAAAUCUGACAGAAUAUUUUGUGGCCGUGGAUGUAAACAACAUGUUACAUCUGUAUGCCAGUAUGCUGUAUGAACGCCGGAUUCUCAUCGUCUGCAGCAAGCUCAGCACUUUGACCGCCUGCAUCCACGGGGCCGCCGCCAUGCUGUACCCCAUGUUCUGGCAGCACGUGUAUAUCCCCGUCCUGCCUCCGCAUCUGCUGGACUACUGCUGUGCUCCCAUGCCCUACCUCAUAGGAAUCCAUUUAAGUUUAAUGGAGAAAGUCAGAAACAUGGCCCUAGAUGAUGUCGUGAUCCUCAACGUGGACACCAACACCCUGGAAACUCCCUUUGAUGACCUCCAGAGCCUCCCAAAUGAUGUGAUCUCUUCCCUGAAGAACCGGCUAAAGAAGGUGUCCACAACUACUGGAGACGGUGUGGCCAGGGCCUUCCUCAAGGCCCAGGCUGCUUUCUUCGGCAGCUACCGAAAUGCUCUGAAAAUUGAGCCGGAGGAGCCAAUCACCUUCUGUGAAGAAGCCUUCGUGUCCCACUAUCGCUCGGGAGCCAUGAGGCAGUUCCUGCAGAAUGCCACCCAGCUUCAGCUCUUCAAACAGUUUAUAGAUGGUAGACUGGACCUUCUCAAUUCUGGCGAAGGUUUCAGUGACGUUUUUGAAGAGGAGAUCAGCAUGGGCGAGUAUGCUGGCAGCGAUAAACUCUACCAUCAGUGGCUCUCCACAGUCCGGAAAGGAAGCGGAGCAAUUCUGAACACUGUAAAAACGAAAGCGAACCCGGCUAUGAAGACUGUCUAUAAAUUUGCAAAAGAUCAUGCAAAAAUGGGAAUAAAAGAGGUGAAAAACCGCUUGAAGCAAAAGGACAUCACCGAGAAUGGCUGUGCCCCCACCAUGGAAGAGCAGCUGCCAAAGACUGUGCCGUCCCCACUGGUAGAGGCCAAGGACCCGAAGCUCCGAGAAGACCGGAGGCCAAUCACAGUCCACUUCGGACAGCCACAAAGACUCCGUCCUCCCACGCGCCCGCCGCCCCCCAAGAUACAGCGCUCGAGGCCCGUGCGCCCUCCCCGUCCGCACGUCGUGAAGAGACCGAAGAGCAACAUCACGGUGGAAGGCCGGAGGACUUCUAUCUCCAGCCCUGAGCACUCCAGCUGGCAAGACCAAGUUCUUGAAACACAGGAAGCAUCCAGCGGAAAAUAUUUUAAUAAAACAGACUCCUCAUAAAAUAUUGUUCUGGGGGGAAAGAAACUAGCUCCACCAAUCUGUCAGCAUUGUGCUGGGAGACAUGAGAAGACAAGCUGGCAGCAGGAGCCAGAUCCUAGUGGGCCUUUGUUGCGGGCUGGUUCCGUGUGGGGCACAUGGACUCCGUGCCUAGCCCUUCAAUCUGGCCUGGAUUUUCUGGACUCACAGAUCUUUGUCUCCGCCGGGAAUAUCAAAGUACAUUGGCAACUUAGAGGGUUUGGCCAGCAGAGAGAGAUGCAAGAUCUUUGAAGUGGAGGGAAGGGUUCCGUCCUCCCGACUUCUCGCCUCAACUCUCACUUCCAAAUAGCACAUUAAAUAAUUAACUUUGUGGGCAGCAAGAUGGAGCUGAUUAACAAUAAGACAGUCUCCACGGCCUCCCACAGCAGCUCAGUGUCUGGAAUUCAUCAAGGCCCAGUAACAUCGGCUGCCAGCUCUGCGGCCGGCCCCUCCGUCGGAUCCAGUUCUUCCUUUCCAGAUAUGUCUCUCUGUCCAUUCAUGCAUCCAUUCAUUCAGCAGAUAGCUUCAAAAACCUACCAGGUGUGAGCGAUUUGGGAUUUUUAAGAGGAGGCCUUUAAAGAGAAUCCCCGAGCUGACUCUUUGGUGACUUGCAUUUUCCUGAAACGAAAUUUCUCGUAUGUCAAACGGCCUUUCCGAAUCAAAGGUGGGUGUCCUCACCCCUUAAAGCCAUCCGAUGACAACUGGAAGAAUACUUCAGAAAGAUUUCUGGGGGAAACAUUCCUUCUGUUUUUCAGCUAACACUAGCUAAUUAAUAUUCAGUGACUAUUUCUCCUCAAGAAGUACUAGCUACUUGCAUUAUUAUUCAGGACGGGCUAAUGGAAUGCCCUGAGGAUUCCCUAGGGUGAGAGCUAAGGCCAGGAGGGAUCAGGCAGCGCGGGCUGUGGGUCGGAGGCCACCCAACAGCAAGUACGGUUGAGCACUUCUUAUGUUCUAGGCCCUCUUCGGCUGGUGUUUGUUUCUCCUUCCACCAAAUGGGAACUUGGGCUCAGCAAAUAUAUGUGACGAAUGUUCCUGGGUCACCCGGUUAGAAGGUGGCAGGGCCAGGCCUCCAGAUGGCUGCUUGAUUUCAUUCUCUCAGCUACACUCUGCUGCCCACGGGGGUCCCUUGUCAGUUUGGCUUUGCCUAGAGAGACGGUUCUGGGUCCUGUGUCCUAAGAUGACUUGCCCCACACGCCGCCCUUCUUCUCUGGUUCCUUGAAGUCGGGAACUGGAGCUGUUCGGUCCUCUUCCUGGCAAAGGAACAGCGUCCCCUGGUGCCUGAGUGUUUCUCCCUGGGGAAGGAAAGACAAGCAACACUGACGGAACAUCCUGUGAGACUGUGAAGGGUAGGUGGUGGCUUUCCUAUCUAACAGGGAAACUGAGGCUCAGAGGGAGACUUUCUGAUAGAACUAGUCCAGGGUCUGAGGGCUAGAAACUGGUAGGAUCAGCUGUCUGACACAGGCCUUACCCCUUCUGUCCCAUCCAGUCUUUUUGUUGCGAACCUAUGCUGAGUGAUGAGGACAGUGGUGGCUGCAGGGGACGUGAUGAGGUUCCCGUCUCCCACCCAUGAAUGGUCAUUUCAGCCACAGUGGGUGUGGUGGGCAGGCCCCAGCUUCUGUUCCCAUCGGCUUGCCAGGUGUAAGAGAAUUUCCCAUUGAAUGUGGUACUUAGCAGGAGCCGACAGCAAACUCUAGAAGGCAGUGCUGUGCCCACCCCUCAGGAUCAUGCCCAGCAUGCAGAUGGAGGCCAAAGGCAGGGCGUCACCUGCUGGUCCCCAGGCGCCCCUCUCCGCCGGUCUGCCUGUCCUUUGUGCCCCCCAGCGGGGGCCGGGCAGUAUCCCUCUCAGAGUCGCGGAGGGUACAGAUGGACGUGGUCAAACAGCCUCCACCUUGUUUAACCUUAAUAGCCCCGAGGGGUGGGGCUGUCUUCUGAGCCUUAAUGGCCAAGAGGCUGGCAGUCAGGAUAGCUCAGAGACGCAACCCAGGGGUCACCAGCUGCAGAGCCUGAACUUGGGACUGCAAACCUCUGUGUCCCCUUCAACAGGUGAGCCCCACAACACUCUCACAGGAGUCCAGACUGGCUGCGGGCUGGUUAUUUGAAGUUUCAUUGUACUAAGUAGAAGUGGUCCAGAUUGAGGCACCAAGGGCCCACAAGCCAUUUCCCGGCUCACCUGGCUGGCCAGAUUUGUACAAAAUUUGCUCUUUACAAACAAUUUCAUUUGUCUGUAAAAAUGACCCAAUAACCUUAUAAUCCGGAAGUUUGGGGAAAGAGACCAGUUCAUUCCGAACCUCACUCCUUAUUAGCAUGUCUGCAGCUUCCCCUCCGGGGUUUGUCCUAUAGAUAAUUUGCAGAGCUGAAGCUUGCUUGCAAUAUUCCUACUUGCGGCCUUGCCCCGUGUCCUUGUAAUUCCUGCUGUUCACAACUGUGGCAGGAUCCCGCUUUGUGUGCAUGCGUGGUCCGCCUCGCCACACCCCUCAUAUUGGAUUUGUAGAUUUUUCUAGGUGUUCACUAACGUGAAAUGCCAGAAUAAAUACCCUUGUCCUUAAAGCUUUUCUCAUUUGAUACCAUCGUAAGGAAUGGAAUGAUGAACAACUACCAUUAGCCAAGAACUGCCUAAGCACUUUGCAUACACCAUUUCCUUGAAUCCUCACAAGAAGUCUCAGGGAGUAGGUAUCAUUAGCUCGAUUUUAUAGAAGUAGCUGAGACCCUGAGAGGUUGUCACUGCUCCGUACCCUCACCCAGUCCCAGAGGCAGAUUUCUCUUCCAUGUUGCUAAGUAACUUGCUAAAAGUAUUGUACCACUUUACACUCCCACCAAAACUCUGGACUCCCUGCGAAUCUGGGUCUGGGGGACACAGAGGAACGUGCAUUAGAAAUCCUUCUGGCCGGGGCGCCUGGGUGGCUCAGUCGUUAAGCGUCUGCCUUCGGCUCAGGUCAUGAUCCCAGGGUCCUGGGAUCGAGCCCCGCAUCGGGCUCCCUGCUCGGCGGGAAGCCUGCUUCUCCCUCUCCCACUCCCCCUGCUUGUGUUCCCUCUCUCGCUGUGUCUCUCUCUGCCAAAUAAAUAAAUAAAAUCUUUAAAAAAAAAAAAAAAAAAGAAA